CCGUCGUAGCCAAUCAGUAGCUAGGAGUCCGGAAAAGAGCGAGGCCUAGUUAGGAGCCGCUGGCGCCACCAGAGGAGGGCGAGCAGCGCGGCAGAGCGCAGCGCUUGAGGUUUUGGUAUGAACAGGAUUCGGAUCCACGUCUUGCCAACCAAUCGGGGGAGGAUCACUCCAGUGCCCAGAUCUCAGGAACCUCUGUCCUGUGCAUUCACUCAUCGUCCAUGCUCUCAGCCUCGUCUGGAGGGGCAGGAGUUUUGCAUUAAGCAUAUCCUUGAAGACAAAAAUGCACCGUUCAAGCAGUGUAGUUAUAUAUCGACGAAGAAUGGAAAAAGAUGUCCCAAUGCUGCCCCAAAGCCAGAGAAGAAAGAUGGGGUGGCCUUCUGUGCUGAACAUGUCCGUAGGAAUGCCCUGGCACUUCAUGCUCAAAUGAAGAAGACCAACCCAGGGCCUAUGGGUGAAACACUCCUAUGCCAGCUGAGCUCAUAUGCUAAGACAGAGCUGGGGUCUCAGACUCCAGAAAGUAGUCGCAGUGAAGCCAGCCGAAUAUUAGAUGAAGACAGCUGGAGUGAUGGGGAGCAGGAACCCAUUACUGUGGAUCAGACAUGGAGAGGUGACCCUGACAGUGAAGCUGAUAGCAUAGACAGUGAUCAAGAAGAUCCCCUAAAACAUGCUGGUGUCUACACGGCAGAAGAAGUAGCCCUGAUUAUGCGUGAGAAGCUAAUUCGUUUACAGUCUUUGUACAUUGAUCAGUUUAAACGACUUCAGCAUCUGCUCAAGGAGAAGAAGCGCCGGUACUUACAUAAUCGCAAAGUGGAACAUGAAGCUCUAGGCAGUAGUCUGCUGACGGGCCCAGAGGGACUUUUGGCCAAAGAACGAGAGAACUUAAAACGAUUAAAAUGUCUGCGUCGAUACCGCCAGCGAUAUGGAGUGGAAGCCUUACUGCAUAGGCAGUUGAAAGAACGCAGAAUGCUGGCCACAGAUGGUGCCACCCAACAGGCCCAUACCACUCGUUCCAGUCAGAGGUGCUUGGCCUUCGUGGAUGAUGUUCGUUGUUCAAAUCAGUCUCUUCCAAUGACCAGACACUGCCUUACCCAUAUUUGUCAGGAUACGAAUCAGGUUCUCUUCAAGUGCUGCCAGGGAUCUGAAGAGGUACCCUGCAACAAACCUGUUCCUGUAAGCCUCUCUGAGGAUCCCUGCUGCCCACUCCAUUUCCAGUUGCCUCCUCAGAUGUAUAAGCCCGAGCAGGUACUGUCUGUGCCAGACGAUCUGGAAGCCGGCCCCAUGGAUCUGUACUUGAGUGCUGCUGAGCUUCAGCCCACUGAGAGUUUACCUCUGGAGUUCAGUGAUGACUUGGAUGUUGUGGGUGAUGGUAUGCAGUGUCCUCCUUCACCUUUGCUUUUUGAUCCUUCACUAACCCUUGAAGAUCAUUUAGUCAAAGAAAUUGCUGAAGACCCAGUGGAUAUUUUGGGCCAGAUGCAGAUGGCUGGAGAUGGGUGCAGAUCCCUGGGAUCUCGAAAUUCUGAGAAGGCUUCUGCACCAUUGUCUCAGAGUGGAUUGGCUACUGCAAAUGGGAAGCCAGAACCCACUUCUAUUAGUUGAUAGUUUUGGGAACCAUUUUACUUUGGCAGAUUUAAAUUUCUCAUUCUUCAAAGAAGUAUUUCUGAUCAUCUCUCACAAAACACAGGCAACUCAACUACCUUGUUUUUCUUCUGGAUUGAGUAUUACAGUCAGACAUAAAACCAAAUUUUGAGGGAAUAGACUGAUACUUUUGAAAAGUUGUGGGUUUUUUGGGAAGACAAAGAGCUUUGAUAAUCCUUAUCAAAGCUUCUGGGAUUAUUUGGGACUAUACCUAAAAGGAAAGAGACAUCUUUGUAAUGGGAUUUCCAAAGUCAUAGAUAGAAAUCCACUUAAGUAGCUAGGUGGGAGCUGUCUUUGUGAGUGGUGUCCUUGAGAUAGUGAUGGCCCUAAUAUCUGGUUAUCUCUAUCUAAAGGCCUUGCAGUUCAGCGUUUCUUUACCUCUACUUAAUUGAGCAGUCUUGAACCCCUUUCCCUGGUGAAUUCUGGCUUUUAUCCUCUGAGAAAAUAGCCCACAGGACUGUGUCCUCCUUAUCCAUCUUGCUUUUAACCUAUGUAAAUUUCUGUGGUGGCUAUCUUAUGUAAAAUAGAGUAAAAAUUUAUUGUAUAUAGUUUCUAUUAAAUGUUAAAGAAAAUGUUAUGAAAAUAUCAAUCACCUGAAUUGAAUGCA